UUUUUUUUUAAUCGAGGUUUUUCUUCAAGAGCUCUCAAGGCUCGGUCCAUUGAUUUUCAUAUCGGUUUGUUUGGGUCAUACAUGAUACACCAAUAGCCAUUUCUGCUUUGAGUUGGUGAUUGACGUAUGAAGCUUCGUUUUUCAUGCUUUUUGCUUCAGAAUCAGACACCCAUUUAGGAAAAAGCAAACGGGUUUUUGGGUAUUUUUUGAAUCAUUAUAUGAGUAGUUGUUAGUAGAAAUAGUGGGAAUCACAUGGGAAACAACUGUGUGGGAUCGGGAGCUUCGUCCAAGUACGGACUCCUCCAAUCAAUUUCCAAUUCGAUUUGGUGGUAUAGAACCUCAGAUUGCGGGGGUUCUAACAAAGGAUUAACCAGUGGAUCACCUUCUGUGAAAAAAGAAUCUGAAUUCCCUUCACCUGUACAAAGCAAGCCCCCUGAAUUGGUGAAGAUAGUCAUUGAAGAGACUAAAUUGGCACAACCCAUUAGACAUGAGGAGGAGAAUCAAAUAGCAAAACCCGAAAACCGGCACCAAGAGACUAUUAAACCAGUAGAACCAAUGAGGCACAAGGAAGAGAAUGCUAAUAAGCCACCAAGGCCGAAGAAUACGCCUCAAUAUGUGAAGAGGCUACCGAGUGCUGGACUUCGGGCUGAGUCAGUGUUGCAAACCAAGACAGGUAAUUUGAAGGAGUACUAUAACUUGGGGGCCAAGCUUGGACACGGUCAGUACGGGACGACUUUCCUCUGCGUGGAGAAGGAGACCGGGAAAGAGUACGCGUGCAAAUCCAUUGCCAAGAGGAAGUUGUUGAUGAGAGAAGAUGUGGAGGAUGUGAGGAGGGAGAUUCAGAUAAUGCACCACUUGGCGGGGCAGCCUAAUAUAAUAUCAAUCAGAGGGGCUUAUGAGGAUGCUGUUGCAGUCCAUGUUGUAAUGGAGUUGUGUGCAGGGGGCGAGCUUUUUGACAGGAUCGUUAAGCGGGGGCAUUAUACAGAAAGAAAGGCAGCUCAGCUUACUAGGACUAUAGUUGGUGUUAUAGAGGCUUGCCACUCUUUGGGGGUCAUGCAUCGUGAUCUUAAGCCUGAGAAUUUUCUGUUUGUCAAUGAGCAUGAGGAUUCUACUCUUCAGGCUAUAGAUUUUGGAUUGUCAGUAUUCUUCAAGCCAGGGGAGGUUUUCAGUGAUGUGGUUGGAAGCCCAUAUUAUGUUGCCCCUGAAGUUUUGUGCAAGCAUUAUGGUCCCGAAGCAGAUGUUUGGAGUGCCGGUGUGAUCCUUUACAUUCUUCUAAGUGGGGUGCCUCCAUUUUGGGCUGAAACUGAGCAAGAGAUAUUCGAAGAGGUUUUGCGCGGUGAUCUUGACUUCUCAUCAGAUCCCUGGCCUAACGUCUCUGAGAGUGCAAAAGAUUUAGUUAGGAAGAUGCUUGUCAGAGACCCAAGAAAGCGGAUAACUGCACAUGAAGUUUUGUGCCAUCCUUGGGUUCAGGUUGAUGGGGUGGCUCCAGACAAGGCUCUUGAUUCCGCAGUCUUGAGUCGCUUGAAGGAGUUUUCUGCAAUGAACAAGCUUAAGAAAAUGGCUCUUAGAGUUAUUGCACAGAACCUCUCUGAAGAAGAAAUUGCAGGUUUAAAAGAAAUGUUUAAGAUCAUAGACACUGACAAUAGUGGUCAAAUUACUUUUGAAGAACUCAAAGAUGGACUGAAAAGAUUUGGGGCCAAUCUUAAUGAGUCUGAAAUAUACGAUCUUAUGCAGGCUGCAGAUGUUGAUAAUAGUGGCACAAUUGAUUAUGGAGAAUUCGUUGCUGCAACGUUGCAUCUAAACAAAGCCGAGAGGGAUGAUCAUCUAUUCGCUGCUUUUUCAUAUUUUGACAAAGACGGUAGUGGCUAUAUUACUCAAGAUGAGCUUCAGCAGGCCUGCGAGGAGUUUGGCAUUGAGGACACGCACUUGGAAGAAAUGAUCCAAGAAGCAGAUCAGGAUAAUGAUGGACGAAUAGAUUACAAUGAGUUUGUGGCCAUGAUGCAGAAAGGCAAUACUAAUUUGGGCAAGAAGGGUCUACAAAGUAGUUUUAGCAUUGGAUUUAGGGAGGCACUUUCUGUCUGUUAAGAUAGUGAGGCCUUCUUCUUUUUUUUUUACUUGAUAACUUUUUCUUCCCCACAGUAUUGUGAAUGUAUACGAAUUUUCAAGGUUUAAGGAUCAUCAGAUGCUCGUAAAUAGUAGGGUAUACUAUUUACUUGGAUAGUUGCAGGCGUCUGAUUGUGUCUUACAGAUUGCAGAGUGGGGAAAUGUAAUCUGUGAAAAACAAGUUCAAUACAUA